ACACACACACACCCUCACACACUCUGUGCUGCACAGUCGCGUGCUCAGAUUGGAAAGGGUGCACAUUGUGUUUUUUCCCCCCUCUUUCUCUCCAAAGUGCGGGAUAACUGAAGGGAGAAAAUGGUGCCAAAGAGCUCGGCUUUAUUCCUCACACUGUUUAUCUGUUGCUUCACUCAGGAAGUUGGCGCCCAAGUGUCAUUGGCUAUGGAAGACGUCGUCGAAGUGUAUAAAGGUGAUACAGCCAUCAUCCAAUGCCAGUACAGCUUUGCUCAACAUCCCAACAUGGUCAUGGUGCAAUGGUUUGUGCGUGGACCUGGAGGUAGAAGAGUGAGGAUCUCGUACAGCGACCUCACCAUGCAGAAGGUGGACGAGAAUACGACCUACACGGACCGCAUCAGCAUCGUAGGGUACCCAAACGGCGAGAACCUGACCAUCGUGGACGCCACGCUCUCGGACGAGAGGGAGUUUUUCUGCCAGGUCAACGGCCUCGCUGCUGGCACCGGAGAGGGCAGGACCAACCUGAAGGUUUUCAACCCCCCAGAGCCUCCUAUAGUAGAAGCAGUGUAUUCUGGAGUUUCAACCACCAAUCCAUUACCGUCAAAGGUUGCAACUUGCGAAACAAGAGAAGGCUUCCCCAAGCCAAACAUCACCUGGUAUCGCAAUCAUCAGCCGCUGGACCCCAAAAAUGGCCAGGUGAACGUGGUUACCCUGGUGACCAAGGGGCCCAGCGGACUGUACACGGUGGAGAGCGAGCUCCAGUAUAAAGUUGCAAGGGAAGACGAAGAGUCUGUGUUCUCAUGCGAGGUCAGCUAUCACGUUCCCGGUGCAAUCCGAACGGCCGAGUCCAGAGGCGUCAACGUCACGGUGCACUACCCAACAUUGAACGUGGAGAUGUGGAGGGAUUCGCCCAUGGGCCUGGUCAAGGAGGGGGACACGGUGGAGAUCCGUUGCCAGGGCGAUGGCAAUCCCCCGCCGACCUUCACUUUCAGCCGAGAACAAGAGCUGGACGUUGGUCUGGAGGCUGAAGGCAACCUGCUGCUUCUGAAGGAUGUGACGCGCAGAGACAGCGGCGUAUAUAAGUGCCAGACUCUGGACCUGGACUCUGAGGAUUCUGACGUAGGGGCGAGCUUGCAGCUUGCCGUGAACUAUCUUGACCCAGCUGUGGUGAUUCCCAAAGACUCAGAGAUCAUGCUGAAGGGAGAGAGUCUGACAGCCACAUGUAACGCUUUGUCCUCCCUAGAGACAUCCACUGUGUGGUUUAAGGACGGUGUAGAGAUAAGACGAGGACAUGUGCUGCAGCUGCAGGAUGCUUCCUUCGACACGGCCGGACGUUACGAAUGCGAGGUGACCGUUCCCACCAUACCGGGCCUGCACACCAGCGGAUCAGUGCAUAUAAUCGUGCACGGCGCUCCUGAGCUGAGGGAUGUGGAGAGGGAGGUGCCCAUGAUGGAGAGAGUGGGAAAGUGGCUGAACCUGACCUGCGAAGCGAGAGGUUUCCCUCGACCGGUUAUUACCUGGAACGUUACUGGCAGCCCUAAUUCACGUGAGGUGCUGAAGAAAGAGACAGAGGAUGUUGUCCAAAGCGUCUUGACUCUGAAGGUGACCAUGGAUACGGUUGCUAUGUGCAGCGCAACAAACGUGAUGGGUGCAGACACCAAGAACUUCACCAUCACGAGCAUUCCUAUCGUAACCCCGACAGCGAGGAAGGAUGCAGUCGAUAACAGCGGCGUGAUGAUCGUGAUCAUAAUCAUCAGCCUUCUCCUCAUAGCCAUCUUGGGCAGCGUGCUGUAUUUCCUGCACAAGAAGGGCAAACUGCCUUGUGGACGUUCCGGCAAACAGGAAAUCACCAAAGAGACGACCAACAAGGAUAACAUUGUGGUGGAGAUGAAGGCGGAGAAGACAGAGAAGACGGAGAAGACGGUACUACUGAAGGGCGUCAAUGGCAACAACAAACCACCAAGCGACCAGUAAAGUACACUGACCUGCACAAAUAACCUGUGAAACCAAGAAAGAUGUCCAUUCACUGUCCCUUUACAACACAAGAAUCGAGAGAUACGAAUAACGUCUGCCGGAACAGGAGGACCUCGUCUUCUCCGUCCGUUCGCGAGCUCUGCUAAUUCCUGAUUGGACGUAUCGAACUAAAGUGAGCUCCUUCAGCCAUGCCAGUUUUUUAAUACUUCUGUUUUAUGAUUUGUCUUGUUUUUUUCCCCCCAAAACACAGUAAUUCUCAACCACCUGAGGAACUCAAUGUCACAUUGUCUCAAUGUAUGACGUUUAUAACCUUUUCAAAAAAAAAGUGUAUAUAGUAUAUGUAAUAUUAAGCGACUUGAAUUUUACAGCAAAUUGAAAUUGGCCAAAUUUUCUAGAGAAUCUGCUAAUCGAAAAAUAUCAUUCAGCUGAAAGGUCAGAAUAAUGAAAAAUGGUGGGAUUUUCGUAUUAAAGAAGGCUUUGUCAAACAGUAUUUCUAUAAACUGUACAACAGCACCAUAGAGUAAGCAGGACCAGUACAACACAUGUACAGAAAUAAUCACAUUCCUCAACCAUUUUCUUUCGCAGUAGUGUCACAUAGUUCUCAUUUAAAGCUCAUAGUAACUCACUCACAAAGAGUCAAAUCAGGUUCGAUCCUUUUGGCCGAUAAAAGAAGCCGAUCCUCGUACUGACCAAUAAACUGUACACGAGAUUGUAGAGCCAGACAUCACUUUGGAGGUUUGUUUUUGUCGCUCAGAGACUACUGCUUUUGUAAAUAUCGUCAGCAGACUAAACUGUAGCUGCGUUUUGACUGCUGAGGGGAUUCACAGCUCCCUCUUUUUCUCUGCCUCACGUUCAUCAGCCGCAGCGUCUGAUCGUUCAGUCAUAACGUCCAUGUUUGUUACACUGAGACUUCUUUUUCUUUUGUGUGUAUGUACGCUUGUUCAUGUUUGCUCAAAAGGAACGUUGAUAUCGAUACGUUUGUUUUGUCUCCUCAAACCACCGUGGAUGAGUCGUGGGAUUAUCAAAAAAGAUGUAUAGGUUUAUGUUAACCUCAAGCGAGGGUUUGUCCUUUUAUUUUAGUGGCCUGAAGGCUGAAUUGGAUAAGAAGCGAUUAUUGUUUAUUCGUCUUAAAUCCGAGUCUGCUGUUCUGUUCUGCUGUUUUAUUUUAAUAUUUAUGUUAAUAAAUGUGGUUUCCAAGGCUAAUCAGAUAGCUGCAAGCUUCACUUAUUUGCCUUGUAUCACCGCAACACAAAAUAUCUGAAGCAAAACUGCUGUAUAUGUGAAAGUUUCUGUUAUCUUUUAUGGAAACCAGUUCAGAUGUUAAUAUAAAGCCUAGUGCUUUGAUCUUUUAUAAAGAUCCACCUUUCAUCAUCCCACAAUCGCCAGCCAUUUAACCUUCUCGUGAUGGAUUGCACGCUUUAUUUUGGCCUCACAUCCUGUUAUACCUGGAAUACACAAAAUGAUAGGUCCGCUUGAAUUUUGUAACUUAACCUCCAGCAAAUGUUCCAGCAGAAGGAAAACCAAACAGCUAUGAAAGCAUUGUUUAAAUUCUCUGGAUUCUUUCGACUCUUUCAACAAACAUCCUCCUAGACUACUAAAUAUCGUGAAGUGACACGUCUCAUCCUCACGGCUCGACAAGACAAACCGGAUGUGUAUAUAAACCUGUUCACCUGUGCGGUCUCAUUGUUUUUGUAGUAAUGUUAUAGUUCUGCUUAUGUGUGUAAAUUAAGAACAUGUGGUUUGAUGCUUGUGUUUUUUUAUACACUGUAAUUUUCAUUUUGUUUUUUGCAUAAACAAUGCCAAAUAAAGAUAUGUUACACUCUAAA